AUGCCCAGAGGACUCGCGCACAGGGUCCAGUGCGCGGCGCUCGCAUGCUCGCGUCUGGACUCCAUACCCGGGACGCCCCUUGAAGGAAACGCCUUGAUCUUGCUUUGCCUCAGCUCGGCCCUGUUCAGAGACCUCUUGAGCCUCAGCCGGCUGCAUUCCGCCGCAGCUCCGUUCGUUUUGUCGGAUCGGAAUCCGAACGGAAGGCCCGCAGGUUCUGGACGGAACUCCGGCCUUCAGUUGCACAAGGAACUCGUUGAAUCGGGGGGUUGCGGAGCCGUCCUGGGAGAGCCGCUUGGUUCCGGCCGUGCGGCCGGUCGGGAAGCGGAUUCGAAGGUGGUCUGCAAGAUUUUGGAGGCCCUGUCCUGCGUGGUGUUUUGCCGGGGGCCCUAUGCGGAGUAUAGCCAGCUGGUGACUCAGGCGGUAACGCUGGCCGCUGAGAGCACAACCGGGGCUGAGGGGCUGGCGGCAAGCAUGCCGAACUACGAGGAGACAGUCGCUAUCGCAUUGGACCAGUCGCCAACGUUCUCGGGAGGCGAAUUGCGGGGUUCGCGGGACUCAGAAACAGGCUAUUCCGGAGCAGUAGCAACGGACAGAGACGCUCGUCACGGUCUCGGCGAGGCAGAGAUUAUUGAGGGAAACGCCUCGAGAGGAUAA